AUGGCGAUAUAUGAGUAUGACCUCUCACCUCACAAAGCAAGGCUGAGGACGGAAUGGGUUCACUUUGAGGUCGAGGCUAAGCAUUUUGGUGCCGACGCCCCUCUCUCCCCCGUUGCCUCACUGCGGGUGCAGCAGGGCGAUUCCACCGCUUUCACUGGCUGUCUGCUCAUUUGCUCGCCUCCUAUCGAGGGGGACUUGGAACAGCACCAGCAACAGCACCACCACCAGCGGUCAGCGGCACUUCAGUCCAACUCCAACUUCUGCAUCGACGGCCGUUCGCGCCAGCUCCGUCUGGCCCUCUUGUCUGCACUCAUACUCUGCCCGCUUCUACCACCUACAGCACCAAAACCAAAGCUCCAGACUCCCACCACUCUUCGAUUCACUACUUGCGACGAGGGUCAAUACUGGGGCCAACGAUCGCCCUUCGCGUACACUACCUUUGUUAGUGCAAUCCCGGUGGAUGGAGGAGGUUCAGCCUGUACGCCCAAGUUACACUCCCACGGGCGGCUACGCCUCUCAUCCUCUUCUCUGGAUCACGAAUCUUUACUGCUCGGCCGCCUUCACUCGAUCCCACUAAACCCCAUAAUUUCCACCCCUCGAACCGGCGCUCCCACUCUCGCCGUGGCCUAUCUCACGUCGACAGUAACGAGCGCAGCACCAGGAGACUUUCACAGAUCGGUUUGUCUCCUGGCGCACCCGAGCCAACGUAUUCAGAGGCACGACGACGACGAAGACGACGACGGCUACCCGCCCCUGCCACCACACCGCAGGCUUCCUCCACUACCGCCGAUUUCUAGAAACACGAGUCGCCUCACCUUCUCCCCAAACACCACACGACGACAUCCCUGGGAGCCUGAGCCUUACACUACGCAGGACCAAGCCGAAACCUACUACCAGCUCACGCGGCACAUGGCUGAUCGGAAUUUUCAGGCCGAGUACGACGAGCUCGUGGGCAACAGUUUGAGUGGCUUCACGGCAUUUAUGUCUCAGGCACAAGACGACUUUGGUUUCUCCCGAAACAACAGCCUUGGCUGGAGCCAAAACUCAAAUUUGCUAGAUAUCUUGCAAAACGAUCAGAACGACCAGCGAGACGACGACGAUAACACCCGGCGCCAACCCCUCCAGUUGCCCCCAGUCUUUGGGUACAGAACUACCAGGACAAUUAGCGGGCGUCAACGAACUGACGGCACGGAAGACGACUUGGAAGCAGUCAGAGCUCUGUGGAAUAGGAGAGCCCAGUACAGCUCCUCACCCUUUUCGCCGCCCAGGAUGCCUCCCAAUCAAUCCCCGCCAAAUCUUUCGCCUCUACCUCCGUCGGAGGAAUACCCGGAGGAGAAUCGGAGGGUGAAGAGGAGAAAGCUGGACUCUGAACGAAUUGCCCAGAGCUUCACGGGGUUUCGAUAUGGACGGUAUGGCCAGGUCGAGUCAGGUCAACUAAAGAUGGAAAUCAUGAGCUGUGAUGGGGGACUGUAUGAGAACGCCACCCUUCACGCCCACGAAAACAUCCUCAAGGACGACAAGACUGUAUACUGCACACAGUCUAAUCGCUGCAACAUCAUUCUGCGGCACCAAGGUGGUACGGCUUUCAGCUUGAAGGAGCUUGUUAUAAAGGCGCCGGCAUCGAAUUACUCUUCACCCGUACGGGAGGGUAUGAUCUUUGUCUCUAUGAAUCAGGAUGAGCUUCUUAGACGAACGGCGGAAUACGAAAUACAAUAUGCUCCGCAGAGAUCAGGUCGCACAACGGCUACCAGAGCACUAGCCCCGAUAAUCUCAAUACGGCAUCACGAAGACGGAACGACUGUAACGAGAACGCACACACGGCAGAGACGGCUAUACAGUCUGGGACACGAUGACGAUGAAAAUGAGAGUCGGACAGCACAGAUCCCGCCGGAAUUCACCACACACUUGCCACCCUUCAACAUCACCACCGAAUGCAGUUACGAAGAGACCGACGAUGAUGAUACACCUAGAAUCACUGCGAACCGAACUGCUCCCAAUAGAAUUGGGUCCUUGCCGUUUGAGAGUGACAGCAGCGACGACGGCAAUCCAUUUGCAUCCGACUUUGAAGAUUAUUCCUUCACAAACCGGCGCCGUGACCCUACUGAUAUGUCACUGGUAGAGGCUGUUGAGGCGAAUCAGAUGGCAACGCAGGAGGCUGUUCGGGCUGUCAGUGGUGGACGUGGUCUCAUGGCGCCGCAUGCCAAGUUCUUUAUUGAGAAGGACAAGAGCAAAUGCACAAUACGCUUUGAUCCGCCAGUUGCUGGAAGAUUUAUACUCUUGAAGAUGUGGAGUAGCAGCCGUGCGGCUGGCAGCAAUAUCGAUAUACAAGCGGUCCUUGCCAAAGGAUUCGCUGGACCGCGGUAUUUUCCUUCAUUCUAUUCUCAGGAUGACUUUCUCGACCAACACGUCGACGGCGUUCAGGUUCUGUGGCCAGCAAUAGCUAGGCUGGUCAAUGCAGUGUAUGAUGUGACAUAUCUGACGCUGCAAGUCUGGUCCGCGAGUAGUUCUAAAGAGGUUUUGUAUAAGGAACUGACUACCAUCAUAUCCACAGCUCAAGAAGAUCGCAAAACUCGGAGUGCACCACGCACCUCACACUUACACUCAACCAAGGGAAUAGCCAAAGCAGAGUUUAUCACCCUCGAGGCCAUACUUUACACCCUCAUUCUUUGGCGAAUUAUCCAGGUCCACGAACUCACGCUCAUCGUCGCGGCGACGCGCAACAUGGGCAUCGGCGCCAAGGGCGGCCUGCCGUGGACGGGACUGAAGAAGGAGAUGGCUUACUUUGCGCGCGUGACGAAGAGGCUUCCUCCGCAGGUACGUAGAAGGCCAUAUCUUCCUUCUCCUGCUCAACUCGCUUCAUGGGAGAUGGGAGUCUUGAACAUUUUCUUGAAGCCUGGUCUCACUGGCGGCUAUUGCGACAUGAUAUCGCAUGAGAACCUCAUCGCAGCGCACAAGUACCACGCCCUCAACGCCGUCAUCAUGGGCCGUAAGACGUGGGACAGCAUCCCGCCCCGCUUCAGACCUCUCAAAGGCCGCCUCAACAUCGUCAUCAGCCGCUCUCACCCUGCUUCGUUGGACGCUCCUUCUUCGGCUGCAGGUACGGACACGGCGGCGGUCACGGAUUUCGAAAAGGACGCAGUAAAGGUCUCCUCGCUGGACCAGGCCCUCGCGUUCCUCCGCUCCGAUGCCAGCGGAGCGGCGGCCGGCAAGCUGGGCAAGGUGUUUGUCAUUGGCGGCGCGCAGAUUUACGGCGCGGCGCUCGAGGUGCCCGAGGCCAAGAGGGUUCUGCUGACGAGGGUCAUGGGGGAGUUUGAGUGUGAUGCGUUUUUCCCGCUGAAACUUGGCGGCGAGGGCGAGGGGAGCGAAUGGGCUCAGGUUGAGAAGAAGGGGCUUGACGAGUGGGUUGGGGAGGAGGUUGAGGGGGGUGAGAUUGAGGAGAAUGGGACAAGGUAUGAGUUCCAGAUGUGGGAGAAGAUUUGA